ACGGCGAAAGGAACGGAGCCUCUGCCAUCCCUGCGUCCCUCGCUCCCCGCCCUUUCUCCCUCUCAAUUGUCCCCCUUCGAUCCGCUCCUGCGGCGCAAGAUUCGAUUUUGAUGCCUGAAGCAGACGAUUGACGCUGUGUCGAUUCUAUCGCUGCCCCCGUUCGCCAUCCCGUCGCCCAUUUGGUUCCCAGAUUAGUGUGAAAACCUAGAGGAUUGAUCCUUUGUUGCCAGUCUCCAUGAAGGUUUUUGGGAGAAAUCUGGAGCUGGAUCACGAGAGGGCGAUGAUAUCUUGGUCGCCGUUCCUGAUCGCUUUGCUCCUGUUGAUGUCGAUCCCGGUGGUGUUCGUUUUGGCCCCCCGGAUUCUGCCGCCGAAGACGAUGCCGAGCAUCCCCGAUUUGGACGAGGUGGACGAUUUGGCGCUGUUCCGGCGCGCCACUCUCGCCUCCGCCGGCGGCGAAGGGGGCAGAGGGGGCGCCGGGAUCCGCCGCCGCGCCGCGUCGGCGCCCAAGAUCGCCUUCCUGUUCCUCACCAACUCCGACCUCGUGUUCGCGCCGCUGUGGGAGCGGUUCUUCCACGGCCACGAACGGCUGUUCAACGUGUACGUCCAUGCCGACCCCGCCGCUGAGCUCCUCCUCCCGCCGACGCCGUCGUUCCGCGGCCGCUUCAUUCCGGCCAAGGCGACUCAGCGUUCCUCGCCGACGCUCAUAUCCGCCGCGCGCCGUCUCCUCGCCGCUGCCCUCAUCGACGACCCGGCGAACGCCUUCUUCGCCCUCCUCUCCCAGAGCUGCGUGCCCCUCCACUCCUUUCGCUUCGCCUACCACGCCCUCCUCGCUGACCCUGGCACGCCUUCUAAUCUCCCCGACGGCCGUCGUCGCCGCCGCAGCUACAUCGAGAUCUCAUCCAAAGAUCCGUGGAUGUGGAAUCGGUACGUGGCCCGCGGCGACGGCGUGAUGAUGCCCGAGGUGCCCUUCGAAAAGUUCCGCGCGGGUUCGCAGUUCUUUGUCCUCGCAAGGCGGCACGCCGUGAUGGUGGUGCGCGACCGCCGGUUCUGGAAGAAGUUUAAGAUGCCCUGCUUGAAGUCGAGGGUGGAUUCCUGCUACCCCGAGGAGCACUACUUCCCGACGCUCCUCGACAUGCAGGACCCCGCGGGGUGCACUCGCUACACUCUAACCAGAGUUAAUUGGACGGACAGCGUUGGCGGGCAUCCGCACAUGUACCAGCCGCCGGAGAUCUCCGCAAAUCUGAUCAACGAGCUGCGGAAGUCCAAUUCAACGUACUCGCACCUCUUUGCACGCAAGUUCUCCGCAGAGUGCCUCGACCCUUUGCUCAAGCUCGCAGACAGUGUCAUCUUCCAGGAUUAGCGUCAAGUGCCUAGUCUUGGUUUUGGAUUUAUGGAUGAAGAUUUGGUUCCAGGUGAAUGAAUUGAGGAAUUGAUGAGAGUAACUGGCUGAAGCUGAUCCAUCACUCCCUCUUCAUUUCUGAGCACCACCAAGCCACAUGUUUCUUCAAAGCAAAAAAUAAGGGACUGUCAAGUGAGAUAGGCUAAUUAGACAUCAGCAUCAUCAUCUUCAUCCCAUGUAACACAAGAUGUAACCCAGCAAUAUGUGUUUAAUAAACAAUAAUAACUGUGAAGUUCUGAGCACCAUCC